UCACGAUUGUACUCUACUACUACCACUAGUCCUACGACUACUACUGCUACCAUUCCUUGUGACUUUUCUAGCCAUACGUCUGUGAUUCGUGAUUCACAUUCGCAUUGCCCGCAACACUUGCGGUCCUCGAUUCUACGCUCGCCUGCUGCAGCCGCAAGGAUGGCGCGCAAGGGAUCCAGGGGUAAAAGCAGCGCCAGCGCUUCGGCGUCGCUAGGCGGUGGCACAAGCGCCAGCGCAAGCGUGCCUCGAUGGCAAACAUCAGAAGAUGUACCGAUGGAUGAGGUGGAUGCCUUUCAAGCUUCGAGGGAUCGCAUUCUCCUCGACGACGAAGAAAGUGACGAUGACGAGGUGGAUUUGGGAGGUGGUAGAACCGUGCUCGAUGUUGGUGCCGAUGAGGAGGAUGACGAGGAUGAGGACGAGGAGGGGUACAAGGGUGAGGAGGAGGACGACGAAGAGGUGGUCAUGGCCCGCAGUGGUGCUGUAAAGGGUGACAAAGCGCGACCUCAAAGCAACACGCACGCACAAAGAGAAGACUCGGACGCAUCCUCAGAAGCGUCUCUACAGGAAGAGACCGGUUGGGGUCCUCACAAGGCAGCCUACUACGAUAUGUCUCGUCCCGACGCCGACGAUUCGGACUCGGAAUUGGAUCCUGAAGAAGCCAGAGAGCUGCAGUUGAAAGAAGCAAAGAAUUUGCAACUGAAAGCGAGGGCAAACCUACUGGAUGAAGACUUUGGAGUUGGAGAGCAGGAUUGGCAAAACUUCAAGGGGGCAGGUGGACUGUUGGGCAUGAACAGAGCUGCCAGGGAAAAGAGGAGGCAGGAACUGGAUGAUAACGCGAGUCACUCCACCGAAAGCGGCAGAACGCAAGCAAAUACAACCGCAACUAUGACAGUCGAUACCCCCUUACCUACGGACAAGCAUGCUCUGCACUUGCUUUUAGCCAAAGUGCAAAGGGAGACCCCGGAGACGAUUGCUCUGAUUGGAGACUAUGCCGACUGCGUGGACCAAUUAAGUGAAGUCCAGGCGGCAAUGCACGCAGCGGAGCAGCAAUUGCCAAAGAAGGAUCCUAGUCUGGCGCUCAUGCACAUCCAUCAUCAGACACUCUUGACGUACUUGACGACUUUAGCAUUCUACUUCCAGCUGCGCUCCAGCACAGCGUACGCCUCGGGUUCAAGAUCCACCAGCUUGACGUCGCAUCCGAUCAUCCAACGUCUCGUCUCCCUAAAGAGGGGUCUAGCGACGCUUGAAGAAGCGGGAGCCAGCGCAGCUGCUUCAGAAUCGGAGGAGGAGAGCGAGGGAGAGAUGGAGCCUGCGGAGAGAGAAUGGCUGGAGAAGAUGAUCAGCAAGGGCCAGGAUGUUGGACGUGGCGUUCCGGGCGAGGAUGAGGAGAGCUUGGGUGAACUUGACGAGGACGAAUUGGAACAGCUGAAGAAUGAGCAGGUUGAAGCCAAGAGUGGACGUGCCAAUGGCGCGACGAAGCAGACGAAGAAAGAGGCGCCCGGCAAAAAGUCUAAAGCUGCCAAAGGCGCUGGCAGCAAAGGUGAUCGGGGUGCCAAGGUCAAUGGUAAAGAGCAAACGGCUGGUAGCAAGAAGAAGAAACCGGCUACUGCGCUUGCUUCAUCCGAAAGCCCCUUGGCCGCUCUCGAGUCGCUUGCCUCUGCCGACGCUCAUCUCUCUGAGGCUCUUGCAGCUGCCUCUUCCCAGGCCAAGUCCAGCUCCAAGAAACAAAGCUCAAGCAAAGCACGGUCAACUUCUGUCGACGAUUUUGGAGAUCCGUUGGAGUUGGACGCUGGCGAUGCGGCAGACAAGGCCAGCAAAAGGAGAAGCUUGCAAUUCCACACAGGACAGAUUAGGUCCAAAGAGGCCAGAAGAGGAGAAGCUGCUCGGAAGGCGCUUGGUGGAGACGCGGACAUACCAUACAGGGACAGAGAGAGGAGCCGAUUGGCAGUGGAAAAGGCUAAUGCGGCCAGAGAUGCCAAGCUUGCUGAGCAGGCCAGAGGCGGCAGAGGCACGCAGCUGGACGAUGAAGAUGGCUUUGGGGAAGAGGACCUGCGGGACUGGAAGGAUGUGAUGGGCGUGCAGCCGCAGGAACAGGAUGGCGAAGAUGACUAUUACGAUUUGAUCGUCGGCGGCAAGAAGGAGGCCAAGAGGGUCCGGAGGGAGGGGUACGAAGCCGAGAGAGAAGAGCAGAGAGCACUCGAGGCGGCCCUGGAAACGUCUUCGGGCGAUGCUCAUCGCUCCAUCACUCGGCAAAUCGAAAAGAAUGCAGGCUUAUCGGCUAAAAAGGGACCCAAGUCCAUCCGGAAUCCCAGAGUCAAGCAGAGAAAGAGGUUCGACAAGGCUAGCAAAAAGUUGGCCAGUCAGAGAGCCGUUUAUAAGGGUCCAAAGGAUAAUCAUUAUCAAGGAGAAGCGAGCGGUAUUUCCAAUGCGAUCAAGAGUCGGAGCUUUGGCUAGGAGAGCCUUGUGGACGCUCCAGUGCGCUAUUGCUGCGAGCAUGCAUCACUCGUGCGCCUCUUUCAAUCCAUGCGACCCUCACGGGGCUUUGAUCUCACACGCG